AUGUUGCUCACAUUAAAGCCUCCCAUACAGAGCGGAAUCAAGGGUCCUCAUGAAUACUCUAUUGUUCGACAGUCUCUCCCGACUCCCCACGCCUCGUCGACCACCACUGCUACCGGCUCUCCUCCCUCCACGCCUCCUACACAACCGUCCCCAGAAAGAGCAAUGGAUCAAAAUCCAAGGAGAGGGCUGCCCCCUCCAGCGGCCAUGACUCUCGCACCCGACGCGCAAAUGACGACGACGGCGACGGCGCCAGUGCCACAGCUUCCACCCCCUCCCCUUCACUGGCAUACGCCGGACGAUGCCAUGCGCCAUUGGCUGCAAACAAAGGCCGAGGAAGAUCGAAGACGGCAAGAGGAAGAGCGAACUCGUCAGGAGAGUCUGCGACUAGAGCAGCGACGAAUUGAAAAUAAUAUGCUACGAGAGGCUUUCCAGGCUGGCGUUCCUCCACACAUGGUGCCCUUGAUAUUCACUGGAUUGGGUGGUGGGAGUACGGCGCGAUCAUCGUGGGACAUGGCUCAACAGAUAGAACUGUCAACACACGCAACACACCAGCGUGCCCUCUCUCAACACCAGCAUCAAGCUAUUCCUCCACCGCUUACUUCUUCUACGCCCGGCCCUGCUGCGGAGUCAGCACAAACUCUCCCUCCAGAUUUCCGCCGAGACAGUCGAGCCAUUCCACCUAACCCAUAUGCCACUCAAGUUUCUCUCCCGCCAGCUUCGGCACCGUCACAGCCGUUGCCUCCUUCUCCCACUCAAUCGCAACGUUAUAGCAUAACUAGCCAAACAAACUCUGUACGCUCUAGUGACCUACGCCCUCCCGCAUCUUCUGUGUCGCGUCUAAACUCCGGUGAGACACGCGAAACACCCAGUUCUCAUGCAGCAGCCGCUCAAUAUCAACAGAGCCCGUCAGCGCCUACCCCUGCUUCAAUGCCAGCCAAAUCUGAAGCCGCACAGUCAUCUAUUUUUUUCCACCACUGGGUUCCUCCGGGCCAAUCACAACCAAGUACCCCAUCUACCAAGGGGCAACAAGAGACAAUCCCUCGUUCUCAACUUCGAUCUGAGUCGUUACCCAGUCCACCGAAUCGAAAACGCAAAGCACAAGGACCACACCAGCCACCUCCACUUCCUACAUCACAACCAGGGCAGUCACCUCCACGCAUGGUACAUGCUUCAUCGCGGCACGACACCCCAGGUCGUCGUGGACAUGGACAUCGUCAUUCGCGCGGACAGAGUGAUGUCAGUUAUGAAUCUCGCUAUCGCGAAUAUUCAGAGCCAGAACAACAACGACGCCGGUCAGACCGGGGCCCUGGGGUAGAUCAUUCUCAUUCAGUAUCUCGAAGAGGAUACGCCGAAGCUGAAACCGGCCCUCCGCCACCGCAUGUAGAUGUGGAGGAAGGCCGGCCUCGCAGUAUUUCAGCCAGCCAGUAUGAUCCCCGUGCUACCUCUCAGGAAGGUGGCUAUGAGGCUUAUCACCAACACGACUAA